AUGGCGCUGCGGCGCUUUCUGCUGCUGCUGCUGCCGCUGCUGCUCUCCCUGGAGUCCCUGCACUUGCUGGUGCCUACGGCUGAGGCUGGGCCCCGGGGCCGCGGGAACCGGAAUAACAGCACUGGCCCUGGAGCCGUCGGGGGCCUGCGGGCUGGAGGGACAAUGGUUAGGGGCAACCGAGAACUGAAUGGGACGUCCCGCCAGCCGGCGGUCCCAGACGGGGGGCGGCGGGGCCGGCCUUCGUCCAGUGUCACGGUCACCCACGAGACGUGUUGGGGCUACUACGAUGUGAGCGGCCAGUAUGACAAGGAGUUUGAGUGCAAUAACAGCGAGAGCGGUUUCCUGUACUGCUGUGGUACUUGCUUCUACCGCUUCUGCUGCAACAAGCGGGGAGAGAAACUGGAUCAGCACCAGUGUAAGAACUAUGUGAGCCCUGGGUGGAUCCAGACUCCUAGCACCCAGGUGAUUCCUCAGGAUAUCCAGAACAAGUACGACCCAGAGAAGGACAAGACCAACUUCACUGUCUACAUCACCUGCGGAGUAAUCGCUUUCGUCAUCAUCGCUGUAGUCUUUGCCAAAGUCUCCUAUGACAAGGCCCACCGCCCCCCGAGGGAGAUGAACAUCCACAGAGCUCUGGCUGACAUCUUAAGGCAACAGGGACCAAUCCCAAUAGCACACUGUGAAAGAGAGACUAUCUCAGCUAUUGAUACCUCUCCCAAAGAAAACACACCAGUCAGAUCUUCCUCAAAAAACCACUAUACCCCAGUGCGCACAGCUAAACCUACAACAGGGCUCUAUGGGAAGGAGGUUCACCGAAGUGGAGGCCCUGAUCUCCAUAACUUCAUCUCAUCUGGAUUUGUCACAUUGGGAAGAGGACACACGAAGGGUACAUUUGAAUAUAACCAUGUGGUGAUGGUCUCAAUAUUCUUUCUGUUCCCUCCCCAUGAAAAGCCACGGAUGAACAACAUCCUGACAUCAGCCACAGAGCCCUAUGACCUUUCUUUCUCUCGAUCAUUCCAGAACUUGGCUCAUCUUCCCCCAUCCUAUGAAUCUGCAGUUAAGACCAACCCCAGCAAAUAUUCAUCUCUGAAGAGGCUGACUGACAAGGAAGCUGAUGAAUACUACAUGAGGAGACGCCACCUCCCCGAUCUGGCUGCCCGGGGCACUCUCCCUCUCAAUGUCAUCCAGAUGUCACAGCAGAAGCCCCCACCACGCGAGCGACCUCGCCGGCCAAUACGAGCCAUGUCCCAAGACAGAGUCCUGACUCCUGAAAGGAUGAUGCCAGAGGAAUUCAGCAUGUCCUAUGAUAGGAUCCUGUCUGAUGAGCAGCUUUUGUCAGCUGAACGCCUACAUUCCCAGGACCCACUGCUGUCGCCAGAGAGGACAGCUUUCCCAGAGCAGGCUCUGUCUCGUGCCAUGUCAAACAUGGAUGUCUUUGUGUCGACACCUGUGCUGGACCGCUACCACAUGACCAAGAUGCACUCCCAUCCUAGUGCCUCCAAUAACUCCUACAACACCCUAGGCCAGAGUCAGACCGCAGCCAAGCGCCAGGCCUUUGCAACUCGGAGACACAACACAGUGGAACAGCUGCAUUACAUCCCUGGACAGCACACCCACUACCAUACAGCCAGCAAGACUGAAGUGACUGUGUGA